GUUAAAUUGCCUGGUAUCUUAUAGCAUUGAUAGUUCCAUAUGAUGGGACUAUCAAUCACCAUUGUCAGAAUACUCUAAACAUCCCUACAUUUGCACCGUAGCUGGAAACUCGACUUCUCGAUUCACAUAGUUUUGGACAAGACUUUAUUAGUUCGUCUGAUGACCCUCCACUCAAUAUUUUCAUAUAGGACUGAUAAGGACAACUUGUCGAACAGAAAGAAACUCGACAGCGAAGUGUGAUUUGGUUUAAGACAGUAGUCCCUGGUCCAUGCAAACUGCUUCUUACAUUGAACUGACAUUAACAUGAGCUUUGGCUUACUCUUUUACGAGCCAUAGCUCAUGCGUGUAGCCUGUUGCUAGUAGUUCGCCUAAAUUUCAGAUAAUUUUUAAGAUUGAUAUGCUAAUUAUACUUACUAGAUAUAUUUAAUAUGAAAAACUAUUUUGUUAUCUUAUUUAAUUAUGCAGAUGGUGUUGUUGGAAUACUAAAUGUUAGUGGAAAUGUUCAAAGAGAUGGGGAUAUAACUUUAAACGUUCAGGACCAAGACAUUGUAAUGAUAGAACCAUAUAGCAAAACUCUUAUAUUGAAAAAGAAAUUGGAUAAAGAAGGACCUGAAGGAAAAGAUGGAAUCAAGUUAGAAGUAAUCUGUAUCAGGAAAAAAAGCGAAGAUCCGAGUAUCACAAUUCCAAUUCAUAUAAUUAUUAUGGAUGCAAAUGACAACACUCCAGAAUUUGUCAAUGCACCUUAUUGUGUGCAAAUCAGUGAGGCAACAUUAGUAGGUUCAACUAUAAUCCAUACAAUUUUGGCAAUCGAUAAAGAUCAGAAGGGCCCAUUCAGUACAGUAGAAUAUUCUAUUGAACGUGGUCCUUUCUCACUCUCCGUUAAUAGUCCGACAGCUCAACGUCAACGUAAAUUGAUACCAUUGAUGUACAAGCCUUGUCCUAUGCCUACAUUAUUGAAAUAUGUUUCCAAAGUUGAUUUUACUAAGCCUGAUGUUUAUGAUUGGAUUUGGAAGAAACUAUUGAUUUCAAUCAAAGGAACACUUAAUGACAACGUUGCAUUACCAUCUCCUACUUUCUGCCACCCUUUAUAUUUGGCUUCUCAGACAUGCUAUCCAAAUUUCACUCAUCAGAGUCUUCCAAUGUUGACUCUACCUAAUCGAAGUAGAUCGAGAAGUAUAAGUCCACAACCAAGCACUAUGACUUCAUCCUCUCUGGCAGCAUCCACAUCAUCUCUUUCAGUUUCUUCAGCAACUAAUACUGUUUCUAAAAGUGUUUCUCCAGUUCACAGGCGUAGAUGGUUAACAAAAUUUUCUGAAAUAUUUAGUUCGUCAUCAUCUCAUAGUAAUUCUGGAAACACUUCCAGUGGCUUUCAUAGUCAGAGUGAUUCUCAUCUAGUUUCUAAUGAUAUUGUAGAGCAAAUGGAUGAAGGAUAUUCACCUAGAAGUGCUCUUACAACACUCACUGUUACUGUUCUAGAUGCUGAUGAUCAAAAUCCACAAUUUUCUGCUGAGCGUUACAAAGCCAGACUUCCAGAAAAUCCACAACCUGGUUCAAAACUUUUGAUGUUACCAACAUCUAUUUCAGCAGUAGAUCCAGAUGAAGGAAUAAGAGCAUCCAUAGAAUAUAGUUUCCUUGCAAAUAAUGGGGAGACAGCUUAUUUCAAUAUAAAUACAAGAACUGGUGAAAUAACACUUAAAAAUAGACUUCCUGUCAAUUUUAAGCUUCCAGUUACACUUGUUGUACGUGCAACGCAAAUUGAUAAUGAGGAUAGACAAUCCCUUACAACUGUACAAAUAAGCGAUGGGAAAACUAUCUUAAAUGAGUUUAGAUUUCUACAUACCAUAUAUGAUGCUAAAGUUUUGGAGCAUACACCAAGAGGAAUUGUUGUUGUAACUUUACAAACAAUAAAAUCCUUAGAAACAGAUGCAAAAUUUCGCAUUGUUGAAAAACAAGAAAACUUUUUAAUAUCAAAUUUUGGAGAAGUGAUGAUUGCCAAACCUCCAGAUUAUGAAGCAAAGAAGCAUUUUCUCUUCCAUGUAACAGUUUCCGAUGGACAACAGCAUGAUAUUACUACAGUUAAUAUAACAGUAUUGGAUAUUAAUGAUCAUAAUCCCACCUUCUUGCAACCUUCUUAUUUUUUUGAAGUGAAUAAUCCUAUGAUUAGAACUGGAACAGUAUUGGGAAAAGUAGAGGCAAUAGAUGAAGAUACUGAAAACACAAUAAGAUAUUCUUUGUAUGGAUUUCAUGCCAGUGCAUUUUCAAUUACAAAUAUGGGAGAAUUGCAAAUUGUUGAUGUUGAUGCCAUUAACACAACUGUAUGUUAUUUAAUGGCUAUUGCAACUGAUGAUGGUAAACCUGCUAGACAUUCAACUGUACCUGUGACUAUUAAAUUUCCAGAAGCUUUUAUUUUUCAAAAUCUUAUCAAAAAAGAUGAUUCGUACAUUCUUACAAUUGCUUUUGGUGUACUGCUUGGAAUUUUAUUUAUUGUAAUUAUUAUUCUUAUUAUUUACAUUAUGAAAUAUAAAAAUGAUCGUGAGAAUUCAAUUCAAAUUACCAAUGAAGAAAUAAACAAAUUUACUGUCAAACCAAUUGAAGAAGUAAGCAGUAGUGAUAAAUUAAUUAGUAAUAAUAGUGAAACAGAUAGAGUUCAAGAUAGAAGUGGCACUCCAACUUCAGUUCCAAUGAAUAGUUUGGAAGUUUAUACAAAUGGAAAAAGAAGAGAAUUACAUCAUACAUCACCAUAUAAAGUGACUAUGAAUGGAUUUAUGAGAAAUUCAGAAAGUGCUAUGUCGAAUUAUCCAAGUAUUCAAUGGCCAAAUGGAUCAAUUCCUCAAAGAGUAAAAACAAUUGGCUGGGAAGCCGAUUCUUCUACAAAGAUUGGUGAUGCUGAAGCAGAUAAAGAACAAGAAGCUGAAACACGAACAACUUUAAAAUUAGAAAUUUUUGAACAAACAAGUACAGAUGAAUCAUGAUAUUAAUAUAAGUAAAUGCUUUUGCUAUUUAUUACAAAUCUGUGAUAAAAGAAAGAGAAGAAAAAGAUGAUUCAUUCAUAUUGUGAAGUACAGUACAUAAAUUGCCAACAUAUCAUAUUCCAUAAACUUUUUACAGUCUAUUUACAAAAAUAUACUCUACAUUUUAUAAAAUACUACAUUGUAUUUUGUUUAAUUAUGCCACAUUUGAACACAUGUAAAAAAAAUUGUUAAAAUUUAUCAGCAAGUUCUAAUUACUGAAUAUUUUAUUUUAUUUAAUUUUAGAUGCAUAGUUUAAAAAACAAGUUAUCCUUUUAUAAAAACUGCAAGUAAUCUACAGAUUAUUUUUACAUAAAAUUCUGUUGAAGAAGUUCUGUUUUCCUUAAUUGUAUUUUUAAUAAGAAACGUAUCUUAUGUGAAAUAUUUUUCCUGCAAAAAUUUGAAUAUGAUUUGUAAAGACACUUUUUGAUAACUACAAAAUACUGACAGAAUUUUCUAUUAUUUGUAGCAUGUAUUUUUAUGUAUUGUCAAUGAACUUUUUUCUAUAAUGUUUUGAAAAAUUGAUAGCAUAUAAUGAAAUUUGUUUUUCAAAUUUAGCAAUACGUUAUCAAUAAAUUUUUUAAAAUCAAUAUUUAUUGAAUACAUUCGAAAUAAUUAGAUGUGCUUCAAGACAAAUUUUCAAUUCCUAACUGAAUUUAUUUUUAGUAUACAUUAACAAAAAUAUUUAAUAAACAAUAGUAAUGUAUAUAAAAUUUGUUCCUUUGUUUAAGAGGUUAUAAUAGGAAAAAAUUUUUUAAUUAAAAUUGUCGUGUUGGCAUUUGUAUACAGAUGCUCCAAUACAUACGAACAGGUUAAACUCCAGAGGUUUUGUCAUGAGUUAAAAACUAACUUAGAAAGUACACAGAAUAACCAUGUAUUGUUAGUGUUUGAUCCUUCAGUGUACUUAAUAGAAUACAUUAUGCUUAUUUGAAACACCUGCUACUGCUUAGUAGUUGGUGUUUCAAACAGUUUUUUUUUUCCACCUAAUGCAUUUAGUUUUAUAAUGUCAAGUUUAGUUUCCACAACAAUAAAGCCACACUUCUUGCAUUUGUCUCCACUGCUAGAUUUACUAUUUUGUUUUGGAUUUAUUUCUGAAACACUAAUUGUAAGUUUAAAAAAUUGCAAAUAGUGAAAAAUGCUGUUACUCCAAUGUGACCAACUUUGAUGCCACCUCAUGAGCAGUGAUGGAACAUCAAGAAUUCACACAAAAACAAAAUAUGAUGAAACAAUGGAAAUAAAUCUACAUUAUUUAUUUAUUAAAAAUUUAUUAUUUAUUACUGGCUAAAGACUGACUUCAACACCAUCCCACAACCAGCAAGAGAACUUCAGAAUUCACACAAAAUUUAAGUUUUAGAUAUACAGUCAAAUUGUUCACAAGUCUGAAAACUUCGAAGUUGAAUGUUCGUAAGUAUGAGCACCUGUAUUUAAUAUACCAAUAAAUUAUAAUUUAAAAUAUUGUCAACAACUAGUAAAUGAUUUAUAGUUGGUUAUAAAAUAUAUUUAAUGAAAGAGUGUAUGUAAAUGUUUACAAUCUAAUUCCAUAAUCAAUAAACCAAUGAUCAAUUUAACAGACUAAACAAUAGUAAAUGUUAACAAUCUAAUUUAUCUUACAAGUUAGUAAAAAUCAUUAAAAUACCUGCUCAUACUUUAAUCUCCAUACUCAUAUAAUGUUUAUAUAUAAAGUUUUCUUUUCCAUGAUCUUUCUAAGCACAGUUUGUUCAACAAUUAGGAACUUAUUAUUGACACAAAUAAAAAAUAUUUUAAAGUCAGUCUAAACACGAUUUAUUACACUGUCAUAAAACGAGUUUAAUUAAAUUGUCCAAUAUAAUUAAUUUAAUUUUUAUAAUCAUAAUAAUUCCUGAUCAUAUAUCACUAUAUCUUUGCACGUCUUAAGUAAUUAUUAGGAUUUAUCUUGGGUCUGCACAAUAUUUAUUUAUUGCUAUUGAUAGCAUGAAUACAGUAUCUAAAGCUUUUUUGUUUAAAUCAAUCAAUCAGUCUACCACUGCCAGCCUAAAAAUAAUUUGAAGAAAUAUCCAAAUUCUUUUAGCAAUAUGAAUAUUACUUAAUACAAUUAAUCAAUCAAUCAGUCUUUACAGUUAUCAAAUCUAUUAUUGACCUUGCAAAUUUAAGUGAAAGAAAAUUAUUUUUAAUGUAUUCAAUUUUUAUAUUGAUAUUAAUGUUUUUGUACUU